AUGAUGUGGAGUGAUUUCUUUCUUUUUCACUCAACCUUUGUGAAUGCAACUUUUGUUACUGUAAUACUGUUGUGUCCAUUAGCUGGAGCACUAACUAGUGUCUAUGGAUGUAAAAAAGUGACUGUAACUGGUAGUAUCCUCACUGCAUUUGGCUUCAUCCUGAGCAUCUUUGCCACAGAUGUUUAUUAUCUAUACUUUUCAUUUGGUAUUCUGGGAGGGUUGGGUAUUGGCCUUGUGUACCUUCCUGCUAUUGUGUGUGUGGGUUUUUACUUCGAGAAGCGUCGUGCCUUUGCAACAGGUUUGGCCGUCUGCGGUGCUGGGGUUGGGACGUUCAUCUUUGCACCUCUGACGCAAUUCCUCUUAGAGAAAUACAACUGGAAAGGUGCGGUGCUUAUUGAGAGCGGCUUGAUGCUAAACUGCAUUAUCUGUGGCCUUUUUUUCCGCUCCUUGCCUGGCAUGGAAGGAAGCCAAAAAGAAAACCCCAAAAAACCGGCGAAAAAGGAUCUGGCUAAUAUUCAGCUGAACGGUGUUUAUAUUUCUAUAACUUCAGUAGUUCUUGUAGAUCUGCUUGGAUUGGAAAAACUUACCAAUUCCUUUGGCCUUACUUUACUUUUCCAAGGUGUAGCAACACUACUUGGACCCCCUGCGGCAGGUUGGCUGUUUGAUGCCACACACAUUUAUGACUAUUCAUUUUACCUGGCUGGAUUGUCGUUAGGGGUUGGUGGUUUGAUGCAAUUUUUUAUUCCUCAGUUGAAAAGAUAUCAUGAAUCAAAGAACACACGGACUAAACCAACAAAACCAAAUAUGGACUAUGGAGAAUUACCAAAAAUUAUUGUCACUGUGGACGAUAAUGACGAAACUAAUCGAAAUGCAGAAAAAUCAGUUUCAUAA